AUGCCCAUUAUAGGUUGGAAAAAUGUUGCCAACUUAAGGGACUGCAUGGAUUUCGUGAAGGCUGUAAAUUAUACGAGGGGUUAUUUUAAAAACUGUCAAGCGUUGGGAUGUCCUGAAACUAGUAAUUCAUCAUUAGAAAUGGACUUUGGUUUUGAUUAUUAUAGUGCUUAUGACUUCUCAAAAAUCAGAACAAACCAGCUGUCAUAUUUCAUCAAAAAUCAACUAACAAACUGGUAUAAAGCAGCUUACGUGGGUUUGGACGAUAUGUAUCAAGAAGGCCUGUUCGAGAAUGCGUUUGGAUCAUUUCUGGGUUGUUCGAGGUAUAGAGCUUGGGCUCCUGGCCAUCCCAGAUCAAAGCAUAAAAACGAAGAUUGUGUGAUUUUGGAUUCUGAACGUACCUGGAGGGUUAUUGAUUGUAAAAUUAAACUUAGAGCGGUUUGCGAACUUUUUCCCCAUAAACCAGUUGCAAAAUUAAAUGGGUUUCAGUACAAAAAUGUGUCCUGUCAUAAAAUACGAAAUAAAAAAAAGAGAAAAAUGUGUAAAGAACAAAAGGAACUUUGGAGUUUGGUGAGCAAUUCAUCGAGAUUGGAUCAGUGUGCUUUAGUAACUUAUUUAUUAAACUAG